CUACAGCCUCAGUCUUCUCCUCUGAGGAGUGGGCUGGUUGUGAUAUCAUGAGGUGCGAAGGAGCCCGUGCCUGAGAACCCUUCACGAACCAUGAGUGCUUGGUCAGGAAUUGCUGCUGUCAUGCCAUGGAACUAGGUGGUGGACAUGAUCAGAGACCCUCCCCCAGCCCCUACCUCAUAUACCUUCCAGAAACAAUCCCCACUUUCAUAGCGGUGUGUCCUCUCUGUUUCUUUCUGAACAUGAUUUAAAUUUAUUUACUUAUUAUGUCAGUCAGGGUCUCACAGCCACUGGCCCGGACCUUCCUAUCUACUUGAGGAUGGUUUCAAACUUCAGAUCCGCCUGUCUCCACCUCCUGAGUGCUGGGAUGACAGGCACGCAGCACCAGGCCCAGGAGUCUGAUACGGAGCUGGCCCGAUGACUCUCUGUCACAAGACUGUCAUCCCGCAAAGCUGAGGGUGAUGGCAGCAGAGGAUGGGACAGUGCACCAGAAGGAGUUUGAUGGUCCCUCGUGUGAGCAGUCUGGUGCUGAUGGUCACCCACGGGUCAUCUAGAGUGGUUACAGUAAAAGGGAGUGAGAACAGGAAAGAGGAAGUCUGGGAGAGGAAGAGAUGGUCCACAGAGGUGGCUGUCGGAGCAAGGCCUGCAUGCGAGGCACUCGGGCCUGCUCAAGCUGCCUUGUAGAACUGGUGCCUCUAGAGCUGUUGUCUCCCUCAUCUCAUCCUGAGGGGAGUGACCCAAACCAAGGGCUGCAUUUAGGGUUCAGGGACCCAGACGGGCUUUGAUGGACUGAGGGAAACCAAGCCUUUAAAGAAGUUCCAAGGAGGCGGGUCAGUACACAAGGUAGUCCUUGUACAACUACAAGGACCUGGGUGUGGGUGCCCAGUGCCCAUGUGAAAACCCAUGGCAGUAGUGGUUUGUAACCCCAGUGCUGAAGGGGCGGGUCCUAUUGGCCAUCCAGCCAAUAACUGAAGAGCUUCAGGCUUGGUGAGUAACCCUGUCUCAAACAAUAAAGGUAAGGGGCAACAGGGGAAGACCUCUGAUGUCAACCUUGGGCCUCCACAUGUGUGCAAAUGCACCCGCGCGCGUGCACGCACACACACACACACACAUACACACUGACUGGUUCACUCAAGACAUACAUGCAUAUAUACACAUGCUCACACACGUACAUACUCACACUAAGUAGCACGUACGUGCACGCACUCACACUAACUAGUGCAUAACAAGCACAUGCACGCACUCGUGCGUACACACACACACACACACACACACACACACACACACACACACAUACACAGUAAGAUCUGUGCUAUCCUAGGGCUCUGGAAUUAUCUCCCAGAGACCAUUCCCUCUCCUCUCUGCCCACACCUCAUCUGUGCCCUUUUCUUGUUGUGGGUGUGUUGGCAGCCUAAGUUUCCUGAGCUAGUGUGGCCUCGUCCCGGUGGGAGAAUGUGGUGACUCCUGAAAGCCCCUCCUGCCAUCUCUCACCAUGGACGGACACAGCCCACCUGACUUAUCAGAUGGCUGGCUUUGGCCUUUGAAGUCACCUACUCACCUGUACAGAUUCACUUGACUUAAAAACAAAGACCUGGCUGCAGUCGCUCUCACCCUGUCACUCGCCCCAGGGUGCUUGGAGAAGGCCUUGUGGGAUUUCCCUUGAUGACUGGAGGAGUUGGGAAACCGGCCUUGUUCACCUUAUCUUCUGGGCUUUUACCUUGGGACACUAGUUACCACCCUGAUAAACCCCAACCAGGUGGCCCUGGCUGCAACUUCUGAGGGUGGCAAUAGGUAAAGGGAUUUUCUUUGCAGGAGCUGGUGGGAAGAUGAAGCAGCUAGUUAGUCUGGAGCUGGCAUCUACAAGAAAGCCCCGUCUGUUCUCUGUCCAAGUCAGGAUGUUUCUGGCUGGAACUUGACCUUGGCAGUGCUCCCCGUCUACCGGGCUGCUGAUGGAAGGAAUGGCCAUCCAUCCGUGGGUUGGACAUCAUGGAAAUAAAGGAAAUCCGGCCAGGGAAGAACUCCAAGGACUUUGAGCGAGCCAAGGCUGUCCGUCACAAGGCAGACUGCUGCUUCACCAUCUUCUACGGCACCCAGUUCGUGCUCAGCACUCUCAGUCUGGCAACCGACUCAAAGGAGGAUGCAGUGAAGUGGCUCUCUGGCUUGAAGAUCUUACACCAGGAAGCGAUGAACGCAUCCACUCCCACAAUGAUUGAGAGUUGGCUGCGGAAACAGAUUUAUUCAGUAGAUCAAACCCGAAGAAACAGCAUCAGCCUCCGGGAGCUGAAGACCAUCUUGCCCCUGGUCAACUUCAAAGUGAGCGGCAUCAAGUUCCUCAAGGACAAGCUGGUGGAAAUUGGCGCCCAGAAAGAUGAGCUCAGUUUUGAACAGUUCCAUCUCUUCUAUAAAAAACUCAUGUUUGAGCAGCAGAAGUCGAUACUUGACGAAUUCAAAAAAGACUCCUCCGUGUUCAUCCUAGGGAACACAGACCGGCCUGAUGCCUCAGCCGUCUACCUGCAAGACUUCCAGAGGUUUCUUUUACAUGAACAGCAGGAGCUAUGGGCUCAGGAUCUGAACAAAGUCCGGGAGCGGAUGACCAAGUUUAUCGAUGACACAAUGAGGGAGACCGCAGAGCCCUUCUUGUUUGUGGAUGAGUUCCUCACGUAUCUGUUCUCACGGGAGAACAGCAUCUGGGACGAGAAGUACGAUGCCGUGGACAUGCAGGACAUGAACAACCCCUUGUCCCAUUACUGGAUCUCCUCUUCCCACAACACGUACCUCACCGGAGACCAGCUGCGUAGCGAGUCCUCCACAGAAGCAUAUAUCCGCUGUCUGCGUGCUGGCUGUCGCUGCAUCGAGUUGGAUUGCUGGGAUGGGCCUGACGGGAAACCCAUAAUCUAUCACGGUUGGACACGGACCACCAAGAUCAAGUUUGAUGAUGUUGUUCAGGCCAUCCGGGAUCAUGCCUUUGUUACCUCCAGCUUUCCCGUGAUUCUGUCUAUCGAGGAGCACUGCAGUGUGGAGCAGCAACGUCACAUGGCCAAGGUCUUCAAGGAAGUGUUAGGAGACCUGCUGUUGACGAAGCCCACGGAGGCCAGUGCUGACCAGCUGCCCUCACCCAGCCAGCUUCGUGAGAAGAUCAUUAUCAAGCAUAAGAAGCUGGGCCCCCGAGGUGAUGUCGAUGUCAAUGUGGAGGACAAGAAAGAUGAGCACAAGACCCAGGGCGAGCUGUAUAUGUGGGACUCCAUCGACCAGAAAUGGACUCGCCACUACUGUGCUAUUGCGGACGCCAAGCUGUCCUUCAGUGACGACAUUGAACAGACUGUGGAAGAGGAUCCGGUCCAGGACACUCCCCCCACGGAGCUACAUUUUGGGGAGAAAUGGUUCCAUAAGAAGGUGGAGAGCAGGACCAGUGCGGAGAAGCUGCUGCAGGAGUACUGUGCCGAGACGGGGGCCAAGGACGGCACCUUCCUGGUGCGGGAGAGCGAGACCUUCCCCAACGACUACACACUCUCCUUCUGGCGGUCUGGCCGGGUGCAGCACUGCCGAAUCCGGUCUACCAUGGAGGGUGGGGUCAUGAAGUACUACCUGACUGACAACCUCACGUUCAACAGCAUCUACGCCCUCAUCCAGCACUACCGGGAGGCACACCUGCGCUGUGCGGAGUUCGAGCUGCGGCUCACAGACCCCGUGCCCAACCCCAACCCACAUGAGUCCAAGCCGUGGUACUAUGACAGGCUGAGCAGGGGGGAAGCAGAGGACAUGUUGAUGCGGAUUCCCCGAGAUGGAGCCUUCCUCAUUCGGAAGCGGGAGGGGACCGACUCUUACGCCAUCACCUUCAGGGCCAGGGGCAAGGUGAAACACUGCCGUAUCAACCGGGACGGACGUCACUUUGUGCUGGGGACCUCUGCCUACUUUGAGAGCCUGGUGGAGCUCGUCAGCUACUAUGAGAAGCACGCACUCUACCGCAAGAUGAGGCUUCGCUACCCCGUGACCCCGGAGCUCCUGGAACGAUAUAAUAUGGAAAGAGACAUCAACUCUCUCUAUGACGUCAGCAGGAUGUAUGUGGACCCAAGUGAGAUCAACCCUUCCAUGCCUCAGAGGACUGUGAAAGCACUCUAUGACUACAAAGCCAAGCGCAGCGAUGAGCUGACCUUCUGCCGAGGUGCCCUCAUCCACAACGUCUCCAAGGAGCCGGGAGGAUGGUGGAAAGGGGACUAUGGGACCCGGAUCCAGCAGUAUUUCCCAUCUAACUACGUUGAAGAUAUCUCGGCAGGCGAUGCUGAGGAGAUGGAAAAGCAGAUUAUUGAAGACAACCCCCUCGGGUCUCUCUGCAGAGGCAUAUUGGAUCUUAAUACCUACAAUGUGGUGAAGGCCCCCCAGGGGAAAAACCAGAAAGCCUUCGUCUUUAUCCUGGAGCCUAAGAAACAGGGGGACCCUCCUGUGGAGUUCGCGACUGACCGUGUGGAGGAACUGUUUGAGUGGUUUCAGAGUAUACGAGAGAUCACUUGGAAGAUCGACACCAAGGAGAACAACAUGAAGUACUGGGAGAGGAAUCAGUCCAUUGCUAUUGAGCUCUCUGACUUGGUUGUGUACUGCAAGCCGACUAGCAAAACCAAGGACCAUUUGGAAAAUCCUGACUUCCGGGAAAUUCGCUCUUUUGUGGAGACAAAGGCAGACAGCAUUGUCAGGCAAAAGCCCGUGGAUCUAUUGCGGUACAACCAGAAGGGCCUGACCCGUGUCUACCCCAAGGGACAGAGAGUUGACUCUUCCAACUACGACCCCUUCCGUCUGUGGCUGUGUGGCUCCCAGAUGGUGGCGCUCAAUUUCCAGACUCCAGACAAGUACAUGCAGAUGAACCAUGCACUGUUUUCGCUCAAUGGGCGGACAGGUUAUGUCCUGCAGCCCGAGAGCAUGCGGUCUGAGAAGUAUGACCCGAUGCCCCCGGAGUCCCAGAGGAAGAUCCUGAUGACACUCACUGUCAAGGUUCUUGGUGCACGCCACCUCCCUAAACUAGGGCGGAGUAUCGCCUGUCCCUUUGUAGAGGUGGAAAUCUGUGGGGCCGAGUAUGACAGCAACAAAUUCAAGACGACGGUUGUGAAUGACAACGGUCUCAGCCCUGUCUGGGCUCCAACUCAGGAGAAGGUGACAUUUGAAAUUUAUGACCCAAACCUUGCGUUCCUACGCUUUGUGGUCUACGAAGAAGACAUGUUCAGUGACCCCAACUUCCUGGCUCAUGCCACAUACCCCAUUAAAGGCAUCAAAUCAGGAUUUAGAUCAGUCCCUCUGAAGAACGGGUACAGUGAAGACAUCGAGCUGGCGUCCCUCCUGGUUUUCUGUGAGAUGCGGCCGGUCCUGGAGAGUGAAGAAGAACUCUAUUCCUCCUGUCGCCAGCUGCGGAGGCGGCAGGAAGAGCUCAACAACCAGCUCUUCCUGUAUGACACACACCAGAACCUGCGAGGAGCCAACCGGGAUGCCCUGGUGAAGGAGUUCAAUGUUAACGAGAAUCAGCUGCGGCUGUACCAGGAGAAGUGUAACCGGAGGCUGAGAGAGAAGAGAGUGAGUAACAGCAGGUUCUACUCCUAGAAGCUCUGUGCGCGCACAUGCGUGCGGUGUUCAUGAGCGCAUCCGGAUACAGGCGAGCCUUAUAAUCAGUUCCCAGGAAGAGGUUCAUCUGUGACAUUCAUUGUCCUCUCUCCGAGCCACUCACCAUAGAGAUGACAUUUCUGAAGACGUCCCCCCCAUGGGCAGGAGGAGUUGAGACCUUCCUGCUGUUUUUCCACCUUGGACAACUUAACUUAUACUCCUUAUAGAGGAUUCCCCCAACUGUGUGCCUCACGUUUGUCCUUCCCUGUUCUCAGCCUCUUUGAAUAAAGGCAAGAGUUUCAUGCCA